AUGGCGACGCCAUGCAAAGCCCGAUCGCCUGCGAGUCUUGUCGACAGAGGAAACGAAGGUGUGACAGAAAGCUACCUUUCUGUCUCCAAUGCAGCCAUGAACCGGGGAGAUGCCAGUAUCCAGAGCAAAGCAAGAGGUAUCCCCAAUGGCUACCUCAACAAGCUCGAGACCCGACUCGCCGAGACUGAAGCUGCCCUGUUUAGGGCCCUAUCGGGGGUCCUGGAUAGCCCAGGAUCUGGUUCGGCAUCCUCUCCCGUGCUCCUCCCGCAGGCAGCGUGGACACCGAGGCAGAACAAAGUCGACCGGGUCAAAGAGUGGGAACUUCUCCCUCUGCAGACCCCCAAUGAAAUUGAAGCUUGGUUCCGCUCAAAGGCCGCGGAACAGAGCGACCCCGUCCCCGAACCCCCCGACGCCAGCCCUCAGUCCCCGGUCUCGUCCGUGUCAGACUCCGUGCUUGCGCCGCACCCCGUGAGAGAUUCGGACUCGAUGCCGGCUCAACGGCCGCUCUUGGAUGCAGUUAUUGAGCCUCGACUCAGGUCCAUGACACCAAUCGCCACAACCCCGGUAAAUGAGGUGCCAUCAGACAGCGUCAGCAAGGCCAAGGAAUUGUCAAAGUCCCAGAGGAAUCUUUACUUCUGA